CUUUGACAAUAAAAGUGGUGUAUUGAAGCGCAGUAUGGCGAUGCUUGGUUGAUGGUUAGAUAAACUGAACAGCAUCCUUCCUCUUGCUAGAAGUUCCCUCUAUUGCUCUACGGGCAGGUCCUUGGAAUUGCGUAACUUUCCUUUUCUGUUCCUUAAUAGGGGCACAAUGAACGAAGAGGAGCAGUUUGUAAACAUUGAUUUGAACGAUGACAACAUUUGCAGUGUUUGUAAACUGGGAACAGACAAAGAAACACUCUCCUUCUGCCACGUUUGUUUUGAGCUAAAUAUUGAGGGAAUACCAAAAUCUAAUCUCUUGCACACCACAUCGUUAAGGGGCCAUAAAGACUGCUUUGAAAAAUACCAUUUGAUUGCAAACCAGGAUUGUCCACGAUCUAAGCUUUCAAAAAGUACUUACUAUGAAGACGUUAAAACCAUUUUGAGUAAGAAGAUAAACUGGAUUGUACAGUAUGCACAAAAUAAGGACGUAGAUUCAGAUUCGGAAUGUUCUAAAACUCCCCAGCAUCACCUCUUUAAUUUCAGGCAUAAGCCAGAUAAAAAGUUGCUCCCACAGUUUGACUCCCAAGUACCGAAGUAUUCUGCAAAAUGGCUACAUGGAAGUACGGGUGGCUUCUCAGACUGUACACAAAGAAUAUUGCAGCAGAGGGAAAAUACAGACUUUGGGCUUGCUGUGCUACAAGGUUCAGGUGCUACUUUAUGCCACAGUAAUGUAUUGUGGUCUCAUGGUCACAACCAGGCACAGAAAAAAGAAGAGACAAUCUCUAAUCCGGAGGCUAGUGUCCAGACCCAGCAUCCACAUUACAGCAGAGAGGAAUUGAAUUCGAUGACUUUUGGUGAGGUAAAGCAACUGAAUGCAAAGCUCCAACAGCAAAUACAGGAAAUUUCUGAAGAGUUAGCACACCAAGUGCAAGAAAAAGAUUCUUUGGCCUCAGAGCUCCACGUCCGACAUGUUGCCAUCGAACAGCUUCUCAAGAACUAUUCCAAGUUACCAUGUCUGCAAGUGGGGCGAACAGGAAUUAAGCCACAUCUGUCCACGAACAACUGAACUAAACUUACACUUGCUUCUGAUGCCCUACCAUUUCCUGUUCUGCCAAGCAUGUGGGAUGGUCAUUAAGAUAGCAAAGCUUCAAGGCAGUAUUUAGCAUCUUCGUCAAAUAAAGCAGAUCAUCACAUUCUGGUCUUCUAGGGUUAAGCAUUUGGGUUUAUUUUGGGAAUCUUUUUUCCCAUAGUUACUAAGUGGCCCUCCCUAACUUUUACCACAUGUGACUAAAUAUACUGUUACAGUGUGAUUUUUAUUAAACAUAGUUUAAUAUAAUUCACCUUUCAAAACAAUAUAAGGUUAACGAACUCCUGAGAUUAGUCUGAACUAUUUAAGAGGGAGAUUAAAUUCAUAAUAUCACCUCUUAUUUAUUAUGAGCAAUAUUUUAAUAUGAAAAUUUUAUAUAUAAAAAUGCUAUUUUAGGUACCUUUCCAUUCUCUUUAUAAAUGUGUAUUUGAAUGGCUCUGUGUAUUAUAUUUACACUUCCAUGUGUGAAUAUGUUACCCAUAUUUCAGAUCACUGCAUUUUAUUCUCUUAAUAUACUGCUUUUACAACUAUUAUCUUGUUUUCCAAAGAUAAAUGUAUUUUGGGGUAGAAAUCUAUCUAGUCGAAUUGUUUGACUUCUAAUAUCUCUUAUAAAAGAAUAACUUUUUAAAGCAAAUAUGCAAGAAAGUAAAAUAUUUAACUUUUUCUAACAAAAGCAGUUCCGAGUUCAGGAAGAAAACGCUAAUCUAGCUUUUGUAUGUCAACAAGUCUCCAUAGAAAAAGCCUCUUCUAUUUCAAUAUUAUUUUCAUUCUAAUGACUUUGAUGUGUUAGACUUUGGACAGAGUAAGUCAAGCCUCACUUGUAA